AUGGAGCAGAGGGGUGUGUGUUCAGGUUUCCGUUUUCAUCCAACUGAUAUGGAACGACUUACAUUUUUGCAAAAAUUCAUGGAAAAACAAGAAAUGAAUGAUUCUGGAUUCAUAACCACAAACAUAGAUGUCUAUGAUUCAGAAGAAGAGCCAUGGAUGAUUUAUAGUCGUGGAGUACCUUGCGGUGCUGCUGAUUACAGUCUUUAUCGCUGCUUCAUCACAAAGAAAAGUAGCAACCUUGGCAAUUGGAAACUACAAGAUGAAGGAAAAUCAGUUCACCGCGAUUCAUCAUCGUCAACAGUUGUUAUUGGAUGCAAGAAGAAGAUGCGUUACAUGGUUUAUAAUAACGAGGAGCAUAGAGAAGACGAUGUACACUACUGGCUGAUGAAGGAGUACAAACUCUCUAAUGUUAUUCUCCGUCAGUUUGAUGAUGACCGUAGAGACUAUGUUUUGUGUGCUAUCAAGAAAAAGUUUAUUGAGACCCGUUCUUCGGAGAUGGAAAAUGUUUCUGGGGAAUUUGGAGCAAUCCAAUUACUUGAGAAGGAGCAUUCUGGAUUCCGAGCUUUGGCAAGAGAUGAAAUGCCACGACACUUCCAAACUGCAACUCAUGUUGAUAAAGUUACUAUCCUCGUGACAUUUUAG